AUGCUGCAAAAACAUGCCUUUGGCUUUGCUUUUUUUUUCGGUAUUAUUAUUUUGAGUAUCACAACUGGAAUUAAAUGUGUGUAUUUGAAAAGACAGAUUAAUGAACAUUUAUUUGAAACUUCACAACAUAAAUAUCCUAGUUUUUUUUUAGGAUAUAAAUAUAAUAUAAAAAACAGGAAUUUUUUAAAAAAUCACAAAAAUAUAAAAUACCAUAACAAAAAAGAAAGUGAAAAAAAAAAAAAUAAUCCGCAUUUGCUGUAUGGUCAUAAAAAAAAAAAUAAAAAUAAUAUUGAAGAUAAAAAUUUAGAACAAACUUUAAAAACUAAAAUAUCGACAAAAUGGAAUCAAACAAAUAAAAAUGAAAAAGGGAAAGGUGGUGAAAUAACUUAUGACGAAGAUGAUGAACAUAUAGAAAUGAAAGAGGAUGUCGAAAAUGAAAAAAAAACAAAUAAAUCAAUUUCAAAAGAUAUUAAAGAAGAAAUUAAAAAAAAAAAUAAUGAAACAUUAAUACUAAAAAAUUGUAGUAUAAAAAAAAAUAAAUUAAAUAAUAUUAUGAACCAGAAUGAAGAGGAUAAUUCUAUACAUGAACAAACAAAUGAAACGAAAGAAAAUGAAGAAGAAAUAAAUGAGCAAGUUGAAAAUGAAGAAGAAGAAGAAAUAAUUAUUACAGAAGAUGAGUUUGGAAACUUAAGCAAAUUAUGUUCUGAAAAAAUGAAUAAAGUUUAUGAACAUAUAAAAAAAGAGUCAUACAGAUUUAAUUUAAAUAAUGUUUCAAGUGCAAUGUUUGAAAAUGAGAAAGUAAAAAUAAAUGAACGAAUAUAUACAAUAAAUCAUAUAUGUCAUAUAAAAAAGAAAGAAAAUUUAUUUAUUAUAACUCCUUAUGAUCCUUAUUUUGUUAAUUUUAUUUAUCUUCAUUUUACUAAAGAAUAUAGCGAAUUAAAAUUUUAUAUAAAAGAUAAAUCAAUAUGUGCUGUUAUACCACCUUUGUCUGAACAUUUAAAAAAUGAAAUUAAAAAUAAAAUUAAAGACAAAAUAGAGGAAUCAAAAAUAACUCUAAGAAAUGUUCGAAAAAAAUUUAUGAACAAACUAGAAAAAAUUAAAAAUUAUAUUGGGAAGGAUAUUUAUUUUAAACAAAAAAACCAUAUCCAAAGCUUACAUGACCAGACAAAAAAAAAAAUUGAAAAAAUAUUUAACGAGGCGAUAUAA